GGAUGCCAUUCGCAGUUAGUUCAGUAGCGUGGAUGGAGAGAAUAACGCGUGGCUGGAGGAACAAUUGAAAAAUGGAUAAGAUAAUACAACAAAAGGAUGAUCAAAUUAUGAAGCUGCAGGCCCAAUUAUUGGAACAACACAAAAUAUUAGAUAACAGCAAAGCUAAGGAUGCUCAAAUUUUGAGUCUACAAGCUCAGCUAGGGGAAAAGAACAAAUUGGAACGCAACAGUUUCCAAACAGUGAAGGAGGUUUUUCCAAACUCAUCCCUAACUGAACAUGAGGAUGAAUUGGCAUUAGGCGAACACAGUCAGUUAUUCAGUCCACCACCUGACAGUGUGUUAAAGUUAAAUUCUGUUAGUGCUGCACUAAAAGAAUUGUUAGUAAUAAGUCCAUGCAGCGAAGGAAGUGAACAAUUGUGGGACCGUAUUUGGGCUGAAAAUGGGUGUGGUACGGAAACCCAGAAACAGCACGGGUUCAACAUAAAACAUGAAUUAGGUACUUUUCGGUUUUUUGUCUAUCGAAAAAGUAUUUUUAAUGCUAUUAUUUUGCAUUCACAGAAUUUUAGUGGGGGAUCAAGUCAAGUCUGGAAGUGUUACAGGAUGGAAGAGUGAGCCUACAGUUGAAAAACACUGAAAGUGCAUUACCAUUAAGGUAUGAGGUAAAGUAAUAGAGUAUGCAAAUUGUCUAAUGAGAAGUACCAUCUUGUGUGAAUGAAUCCUGUGUAACAGCAAUCCUUUAUAGUUCUGUCACAGCUAGAAGCCUCAAAUAAUUCUGCUUCUCUUGCUAAAGAACAACUUGUCCUUUACGUUCAGAGUGUUGGUGAAGCUGGGUACUUAAAUGGCCCUAAAGAUGUUUCAUUUCGUUGGCAUUGCAGCGAUGAA